AUGGCGCGUCCGCGAAAUGGCACGCCGUGUACAGUUGUCAUCAAACUAGGCUCUUCUUCGAUCGUCCAUGAGAAAACACACAAACCACUGCUUUCGACACUGUCGGCGUUGGUCGAGACGGUGGUACACUUGAGAGCCCAGGGUCACAAGGUCGUCUUGGUUAGCUCCGGAGCCAUCGCGGUUGGACUUCAGCGGAUGGACAUGGAGAGUCGGCCGAAGAGUCUAUCGGGGAAACAGGCACUGGCAGCCAUAGGCCAGGGGCGCCUAAUUGCCCUAUGGGACAACCUCUUCGGCCAACUAGGACAGCCAAUUGCGCAAGUCUUGCUAACGAGAGGGGACAUCUCCGACCGGACACGAUACUUGAACGCCGUCAACACCUUCCAAGAGCUGCUGUCUCUGGGAGUUGUGCCAGUAGUCAACGAGAAUGAUACCGUCUCCGUCAGCGAAAUAAAAUUCGGCGACAACGAUACGCUGUCUGCCAUCACAUCGUCCAUGAUUCACGCCGACUACCUCUUCCUCCUGACCGACGUCGACUGUCUCUACACCUCCAAUCCUCGCAAGGACCCGCAGGCCAAGCCUAUCCAUGUUGUGUCUUCUGUCCAGCAGAUUCGAUCACAGGUUAGCACGAGCACCCUGGGGUCAAGUCUGGGUACUGGGGGUAUGGAAACGAAGCUCAUAGCCGCGGAAAUAGCCACAGCAGCCGGCGUAACGACAAUCAUCACAUCGAGCAGAAAUCCCCAAUCCGUGGUCAGCAUCAUCGAAUACAACAACUCUCUCCGCUCUGGGCAUUCCACGCCCGCCGGAUCCGGGCGGUCGAGUCCUGUCCAUCACUCGCCCACGAACCAAGACAAUUCGCUUCCUCUGUCCCGCCCGCCUCAUACCGUGUUCCUCCCCUCGCCGACGCCGCUCAGGGACCUGAAGGCAUGGACGUCACACACCCUCACGCCGUCGGGCAGCGUGAUUAUCGACCGCGGCGCGCACCAGGUACUCUCGAAACGGGAGUCGGGCGGGCGACUGCUGUCCGCGGGCGUGCAGGCUGUUCAAGGCGCCUUUGCGAGCGGCCAGGCGGUGCGGAUCUGCGUAAGGCGGAAGAAAGGUGUGGCGAACGUGGACGAGGCGGCGGCUGAGCGUGCCCAAGGACGGCUGGAGACGGAAACGCAGCCGACGACGCCGACAAUCCUGCCCACGUCGAGUAUCACGUCGUCAGUAUCGUCACUCGAGAACUUAAACAUGAGCACGGUACCUGUGCCGCAGUCGGAUGUAGUGCUUGUGGAGAAGAGCGAGGAAGAGGUGGAAGAGGUCGGGCGGGGACUUGCGAAUUAUAAUUCGGCGCAGAUCGACAAGGUAAAGGGUUUGAAUAGCUCUUAUCUGCCCCAAUUACUGGGGUAUGCGGACUCGGAGUAUGUGGUAGAGAAUAUUACAAUACGUGUGCCUCCGAGUCCGUAACAUACCCUGCGUUCCUCGCUGCUGUAGCAGUAUCAAAAUUGGAUAUAUGAGCGCGAUGGCUCCGAUUGCAGUAAAUUCCUCAGGCAUCUUAUGUUGUCCAUCCUGAC